AUGGUCCAUCUAUCCCGCACUCUCGCUCUUGCGGCCAUCGUCGGUGUCGUCGUCGCUGAUAACACCAAGAUUCACCCCAAGCUUCUCCUGAAGCUCGAAACCGAGACCAUCGACGGCAUUACGAUCGCGAUCGAGUUCAAGGGUACGGCCGACGAGGUGCUCGUCAGUCCCAAGUUGGAGUCGGCGUCCAUCGAGUCGCGUGCAGAGCUCGUAGAGGCUGUCAAGUCGGCGCUUGAAGACCACGCAACGUCGGUUCAAGCCAGUGCGCUAGAGCUCCUCGAGAGCUCUAAAUUAGAGUCGUCGAAACCCUUGGAGCACUCGUCGUUCUGGAUCAACAACGUUGUGUAUGCCAAGGGCGUCACGCGCGACGUCAUUCAAGCGCUCGCGAAGCUGCCCGAGAUCUCAACGUCCGAAGUCGUUGCUGCCAACACCACGGAAUGGGGCCUCAACAUUAUCCAGGCGCCUGAGGUGUGGGCCAAGGGCUACCGUGGACAGGGCGUCGUCGUCGGGUCCAUUGACUCUGGCACCCGCGUCACCCACGAAGCGCUGAAGGGCAACUUCCGCAGCCUCAACGGCUGGUUCCAACCCGAGGGGCGAUCGCCAACGCCUGUGGAUCCUCAUGGUCAUGGCACACACACGGUCGGCACGUCUGUCGGAGCUAACGGCAUUGGUGUGGCACCAGACGCCAAGUGGAUCUCGUGCCAGGGAUGCUUGCCUACUAAUAAGUGCCCCGAGUCUGUCCUCGUCGCUUGUGCGCAGUUCAUGCUCUGCCCUCACGACGCCGAAGGCAAGAACCCGCGGUGCGACCUCGCACCCCACGUCGUCAACAACAGUUGGGGCGACGAUGACGAGAUCCCGGACGUGCCGUACUACAAGGGCCCGAUGGCUGCGUGGCGCAAGGCUGGCAUCAUCCCAGUCUUCGCUAACGCCAACAGCGGCCCCAAGUGCGGCACGGUGCUCAGCCCCGGCGACUACGACAACGUCAUUGGCGUCGGUGCCACGACCAACAAGGACGGUCUUGCGACGUUCAGCAGCAAGGGCCCGAACAAGUUUGGCCGCAUGAAGCCCGACAUCUCGGCGCCCGGCCAAGGCAUUCGCUCGAGCUACAAGACGAGCGAUACGUCGUACUCGAGCUUGAGUGGUACGAGCAUGGCGACGCCUCACGUGACGGGUGCCAUCGCGCUCCUUGUGUCGGCCAAGCCCGGCAUCACGUACGACGAAGUCUACUCGCUCUUGACGCAGACGGUCGAGACCAAGUCUCUCAUCAACGACCCGCUCACGUGCGGUGGGCUCCCGGGCGACAAGUACCCGAACAACAACUUUGGCUACGGCCGCAUGAACAUCUUGCGUGCCAUCGAGAAGAUCAAGGCUAGCUGCUGA